UGCCCAAAAUUAGUCGUGGAGUCACUUGAUCAAAUACAUGUAGUGUGUUUGCGUACCAGCCCUGUUAUUUGUGUAGUUAAAUGUGUAUCUGUUAGUCGUGGACAGGCUUGUCUAUAUGGACACGAUUCAUUACGGUUGAAGUGCAUUACUAAAGACUUUGAGAAACUUUGCUCUGCACUACUCCAGACAAUGUGGAUUUCUUGUGUAAAGGGCUGAACAGCGUGUUUUAUUUGCACGGCCAGUGAAACUAAGCCAUUACCGUUUGUAAUUACCUAUGUGAUGAGUUGUGUAAGGACAGCUACGGUAAAAUUAUAAGUUGUUACUUUGUUAGGGAAGUCAACAAGUAACAAAACAAAAAAAUACAAACUGUCUAGGUGUCUUAAAUUGUGGUGUAACCAGCUGAUGGGAGAGGAGGGGGCGGUCACUUUAAAUCAUCUAGCGAUAUUAAGUCUCCCCAUUGUAAUCAAUGAACUAGCGAGUCCCAAGGACAUAGCCUACAUUGAAUCCUUAAAAACUAUUUUUUUACAUCACGGUGCAUACUUUGGCUAAGUCUUUCAAAUAUGGCUACACCCUAUACGAUCGGUUUGUACUUUGACCAGCUUUCGAAAACGAAGCGGCUAUUCGGACCCGGGUCCCUUAAGACUAAAUCCCAUUCGGGUGUCAUUUGUGGUAGUUUAUUUUAGUUAAACUGAAGAAGUAAAUUUACAAACAUAUAGUCCAUUCAACUAGACUAUCCUUAAUUUGAUACCUGAUUUUGUCUUACAACCCCAACAAUAAUCUUUUAAAUAGUUUUUUUUUAAUCCCAACCUCUCACUUCUGAUACCCGGGUGCGAAUAGUCGCAGCCCUUCAAAAAACAAAAAAAACAUUUCCCGUCCUUGAUCGACCGUCUGUAUGUGGGAUAGAUGAGGUAUAGUCAAAUCUUAUUGAUCUGGUCUAACACAGGGGGAGCUAUGCUCGGGACAGCUGGCCCGUGACUCAGUUGAUCGGUAUCAUGUUUGUUUGGGGAUAGUUGGAUCUCAGUGAGAUUAUGGCUAUUCUCUAUUUAUCUGUCGACCGUCAGGCAUGCUUGUGAAUGGGGCUAUGUGUAUCUGACUUGUCCGGAUGGACGAUUCAAGUGCGGUCAGUUAAUGCGCAGAGAUUACUUUAGGCUUUACUUUCACUCAAUCAAAGUACCACCGCGUGUGUGUCUAGUGCUAUACUAAUGGCCCUGAGCGGCACUUGGCUACCAUAUGGUGUAGUGGUGGUCAUCGUGAGUUUAAGUUUUAAAAAAAAAGCAUUUGUCACCACUUGCCUUUGGUUAGGAAAGGUUUUUUGAAGUCUAGAAGUGUGGGGAGUUUAGUAUGCACUGUAACAAUUUAAUGGGGAGUUUAGGAUGCACUGUAACAAUUUAAUGGAAAGUUUAGGAUGCUCUGUAACAAUUUAGUGGGGAGUUUAGGAUGCACUGUAACAAUUUAAUGGGGAGUUUAGGAUGCACUGUAACAAUUUAAUGGGGAGUUUAUGAUGCACUGUAACAAUUUAAUGGGGAGUUUAGGAUGCAGUGUAACAAUUUAGUGGGGAGUUUAGGAUGCAGUGUAACAAUUUAGUGGGGAGUUUAGGAUGCACUGUAACAAUUCAAUGGAAAGCUUAGGAUGCACUGUAACAAUUUAGUGGGGAGUUAAGGAUGCAGUGUAACAAUUUAGUGGGGAGUUUAGGAUGCACUGUAACAAUUCAAUGGAAAGCUUAGGAUGCACUGUAACAAUUUAGAGGGGAGUUAAGGAUGCUCUGUAACAAUUUAGUGGGAGUUUAGGAUGCUCUGUAACAAUUUAGUGAGGAGUUUAGGAUGCCAACAAUUUAAUGGGGAGUUUAGGAUGCACUGUAACAAUUUAAUGGAAAGUUUAGGAUGCAUUGUAACAAUUUAGUGGGGAGUUUAGGAUGCACUGUAACAAUUUAGUGGGGAGUUUAGGAUGCACUGUAAAAAUUUAGUGGGGAGUUUAGGAUGUACUGUAACAAUUCAAUGGGGAGUUUAGGAUGUACUGUAACAAUUUAAUGGCGAGUUUAGGAUGCACUGUAACAAUUUAGUGGGGAGUUUAGGAUGCACUGUAACAAUUUAAUGGGGAGUUUAGGAUGCACUGUAACAAUUCAAUGGGGAGUUUAGGAUGUACUGGCACUGUAACAAUUUAAUGAGGAGUUUAGGAUGCACUGUAACAAUUCAAUGGGGAGUUUAGGAUGUACAGGCACUGUAACAAUUCAAUGGGGAGUUUAGUAUGCACUGUAACAAUUUAAUGGGAAGUUUAGGAUGCAUUGUAACAAUAUAGUGGGGAGUUUAGGAUGCACUGUAACAAUUUAAUGGGGAGUUUAGGAUGUACCGGCACUGUAACAAUUUAGUGGGGAGUUUGGGAUUCACUGUAACAAUUCAAUGGGGAGUUUAGGAUGUACCGGCGCUGUAACAAUUCAAUGGGGAGUUUAGGAUGUACCGGCACUGUAACAAUUUAAUGGGGAGUUUAGGAUGCACUGUAACAAUUUAGUGGGGAGUUUAGGAUGCACUGUAACAAUUCAAUUGGGAGUUUAGGAUGUACCGGCACUGUAACAAUUUAAUUGGAAGUUUAGGAUGCAGUGUAAUAAUUUAGUGGGGAGUUUAGGAUGCACUGUAACAAUUCAAUGGGGAGUUUAGGAUGUACCGGCACUGUAACAAUUUAAUGGGGAGUUUAGGAUGCACUGCAACAAUUUAGUGGGGAGUUUAGGAUGCACUGUAACAAUUUAAUGGGAAGUUUAGGAUGUACUGUAACAAUUUAGUGGGAAGUUUAGGAUGUACAGUAACAAUUUAGUGGGGAGUUUAGGAUACACUGUAACAAUUAGUGGGGAGUUUAGGAUGUACUUUUACGAUAAAACUAGCCCCUACCACACCUGACACCCUCCUGUGGCAUACUUUUGGUACCGUUCUGAAGCUAAUUCAUUUCCCUGCAUGCACCACGCUAACGUAUGAACUGUGGUGUGACUUGGUGCAAGUGAUGGUGUAGAGAAGCAGUAACCGUCCAAUCAAGUAGUGUUAAAUUGUAAAACCUGAAGAUUUUAGGAAGAUGGGGAACGUAUUUUUAAUGUACAUUAUUAAACUAGAAUCCAGUCCGAGCUGACGUAUUUGGAGGAAUACCUGCCGGCCUUUAUUGUUGCCCUGUUCCCUCCCCCUUUUUUUUCCUUCACAUACCCCCCCCCCAACCCGAGCAUGUAAACAAUCACUGAUGGAUGUAAUCUAAGUUUGCACCGGGCUGUAAGGAAGGAGGUCAACUGCCACCAUCAUAGUGCUGCUCGUGUUGGUGUUGUGGGCUGUAAGGAAGGAGGUAAACUGCCACCAUCAUAGUGCUGCUCGUGUUGGUGUUGUGGGCUGUAAGGAAGGAGGUAAACUGCCACCAUCAUAGUGCUGCUCGUGUUGGUGUUGUGGGCUGUAAGGAAGGAGGUAAACUGCCACCAUCAUAGUGCUGGUCGUGUUUGUGUUGGUGGGCUGUAAGGAAGGAGGUCAACUGCCACCAUCAUAGUGCUGAUCGUGUUUGUGUUGGUGGGCUGUAAGGAAGGAGGUAAACUGCCACCAUCAUAGUGCUGCUCGUGUUGGUGUUGUGGGCUGUAAGGAAGGAGGUCAACUGCCACCAUCAUAGUGCUGCUCGUGUUCGUGUUGGUGGGCUGUAAGGAAGGAGGUCAACUGCCACCAUCAUAGUGCUGCUCGUGUUUGUGUUGGUGGGCAUGUGAACUUAAGACAUAUUACGUCAAAGUCUUUUAGGAGUAACGAUCCCAUAAAUAAAAAAAAAAGGUUGACUUUUUUCUUGUUGCGUGGGGAGGAUAUUUAGCUCUCUAACCUGACCUAGUUUCCUUGGUGUUCAUGCAAACUGUAGCUGUGUCAUGACCAACACUUCAACACCCCCCCCCUCCCCCCAAAGUCUACUCACCACUGGCCCCUUUACUUGGUACAUAGAUUAUGCCAGUGUCAAGGUCAUGGAAUCAAGUGUAAAUGUUUUAUUGUAUUAUUUGUCCUCGGCUCUUUAUAAUGAGAGGUCAGUUAUGUCUCACCCACCCCUUUCCCCCACCCUCUUCCUUUCGCCCAUCAUCUCCCUUUCCCCUACCCUUUCCCCUACCAUCUCCCUUUCCCCUACCCUUUCCCCUAACAAUCUCCCUCCCCCCCACCUUCUCCCUUCUCCUCACCCUUUCCCCACCCUCUCCCAUUUCCCCCCCUCCCAUCCCCCACCCUCCCCCUCCCCCCCACCCUCCUCUCCCCACCCUCCUUCCUCACCCUUUCCCCACCCUCUCCCAUCUCCCCCCCUCCCAUCCCCCACCCUCCCCCUCCCCCCCACCCUCCUCUCCCCACCCUCCUCUCCCCACAUCCUCUCCUCUGGCAUAGACAAACAAGUGACAGUUACCGUUGAAAUAAUCGAACGUGAUCCGAAUUUUGUGUUUGCUUAUCGUAUAAUGAAGGAUGAUUCCUAAAAUAGCUUUUUUUAAUGGCAGGGGUUUCUUGGUGUUCAACUUAACUUCACAACGGAUUGAACACAACCGUCUUGUAGUUGUAGCAACUACGGUCUCUGUCUCUGGAUUGCCCGUUCAAUCCGUCUUGUAGUUGUAGCAACUACGGUCUCUGUCUCUGGGUUGCCCGUUCAAUCCGUCUUGUAGUUGUAGCAACUACGGUCUCUGUCUCUGGGUUGCCCGUUCAAACCGUCUUGUAGUUGUAGCACCUACAGCAACUGAUCCUAGAUUCUCUUUACUUGUCGCUAUGCGAAAUGACCAGUAAAACCUAGUUAAAUGUGCUGCAUCUCCUAUAUGAACAGACCUAGUAUACAGGUGCUCAAGAAACUUUAAAACAUUUUACUUGUAUUCAUUAGGCCAAAUGUGAAGCUGAUUAAUGAACAACUAUCGAUAUUUAGUUGGUACUAUAAUGACGGCCACAUUUCAAUUGAAGCCAAGUGGAAGCUUUCCACGAUGUAGUGAAAGAAAACAAUGUUUAAACUGUCUUUUAAAUAAGGUCAAUUGGUGGAAAGGUAAACAUUUUAAACUUUGUUUUCCAGUACUAUGUAAUAGGGCGACGACGUAUCUAAUGUCAUGGCUGAUAUUGUAACUCUAAUUAAUUAGUCAUCAAUUCGAAAAGAAACCACCGUGGAAUACGUUUAAAGCGAAAACGCUUAAAACACGAAAUAUCGGUUAACAAGAAAUAAUGAUGCGGUUCCGAGUAGAUCUAUUCUUUAUUGUAUGCAUCGUUUAAACACGAAAUUCUGUUAACACGAAGAAAUAUUUCGGUCCCCUCAGUUUCGUGUUAAACGAGUUUCACUGUAUUCAUAAUCACACUUAUCUUAGUCUGUUGUUUUAGCCUGUGACCCCACAUAAUAAAUCCCUUCGCAACCCAGUUUGAGGUCACCUCCCAAGGGCCGGAAACUUGUGCUCCAGUAACUUGAUGAUUAUCCUCAGAUGUUCAUGUGUCAAACUUAUUCAAACUUCCUUGAUAUGUUAUUUGAAAAAUAUUUUUUUUUAAAGGUGUGGGGGGAGGUGGGGGGGGAGGGAGUUCCAAAAUCAACGUAGCGAUAUUAACAGAUUUACAUGUAUAGAUACAUGUAUUCAUAUUUUCAUAUUCUUCAUGACUCUUUUUUCGAAACGAUUCCCUUGUUGCAAAUUGUUAAAAACAGUUCCCUCAUUUGCCUGCACAUUUCCGUGAAGUAUUCGAAACUAGAAUCGGCGCCCUGUAAAGAACGCACAACUCACAAAGUGUUGUUUUCUUUCUACUGACGGUUACUUCGACUUAUUUCUAAACACAUUAAUAAUAGUUAUUUGUCGGUACCAUUACUAGGUAUACGCGGGGGAAAGGAAGCAACUCGUAGCACGUGACCAACCUCUCAACUAGCCAUAACAUUGUUGUUGUUGUUUAAUUAAUUAAUUAAUUACACAACAAUACAAAACUGCCCUUUUAUAGUACAAUUCAGUUUAUCAUUUAUUUCUUACUACAUUAAUUCUAUCCCGGAAAGAGGAAAACUCCAUUCCCCGUUUUCCCGGGGUAAUCAAAACCCAGAACAUGACAAUUUACCGCUAUUCUACAACAAGGUGUACGCCAUCACAAUGUGUAGGCUACAACACUAAAGGGAAGCCUUCAACUGUGACGCGUGGUUUAGUUGACACCAAGAGGCCAUGUUUCUUAGAGGACCUGCUUCAGUGAAGACGUUUCCAGUCUAGUGCACACCACCACCUGUUUCAACUGUGGGGUAGCGGGUCGUCUUGUGUACAACUGCCAUGGUAUGACUUGACACAGUUUCUACAAGGCCAGGCCAGCCCCUCCGUUUGGACAGCGCUAUCUCCCAGGCUCAGCUUGAGUGGCCGCUCAGUAUUGGAUUGGCUCUAGUCCAGAUAGCGGGGUUCGCCCGAUCAGUCUGACAGUAGUGCUGAGAUUGUUUCUUGGAAGAAGUUCUAACUGAAAGUUUCCUAUAAGUUCAGGAGGAUUAUUUCAACAUUAGGUUAAUUAAUAUCUGUCGACAACAACAACAAAAAAAAUGUAUUGUUUGUGUUGUGUCGCCAAGUAGGUUAGGAGUCAGCCGUCGCUUGUCGUUUGUGACUUAAUAAUCAGUGACUUAAUGCCUUGAUUGGGGAUCUCUUUUUUGUGCCAUGUCUGAACAGCCACACGAUCGAGAACCUCAGCCCAAUUUCAACGAUGGCCCCACGGCCGCGCCAGAGGGUGAGAAAUCUGGAACGUCCAACGAUUCACACACCCAGGCUGACCCCUCUACCUCACGGGACAGAACGGACUCGGCCACCUCACGGGACAGAACGGACUCGGCCAGCGAUCUGGCCAGUGGUACGACCAGCAGGCGUAGGCGACUGAGUGGGUGGAUGCCUAGGAGUAAAGACAUGCAGGAGUCUACCACAAAAUCGGGAUACGGUUGGACUAUCAGGAAAUGCAGUAUUUGUGGUUCCAAGUGUAAGUACAGCAUCUGUUCUCAUGAGUCUUGGACUGUUUACAUCAGUUAGUGGCUACUCGGGACUAAAGUCAGUUGGUAAUGACGUGCGUUUGUUUAUAUACCGGUAGUCAGUAGUGCCGUUAUGGUUAGUGCAUGGGUCAGAGAGCAUUGUGCAAACACCCGUGGCUGCUACACAUUUCAGUUAAGUUAUUUUAAGGCCAAUUAUAAUUAUGAGAAUCUUGUUGAUAGUAUCUCGGGAUGGAUCCAUUUCAAGUUUGUUUGCCUCUAGGAAUGGCCUUGAUUAAACGUAACAGACAUGUCUAACAGUUGUAGUUGUAGGCCUAUUAAACAAUAACUAUAGAAUACACACGUUUACUUUAGCUUGGUAUUCCGUGGUGACCCAGUGAGGACACUGAUCAGGUUCAUUGUGGGCUAAUGCUCCCUUGGUUGGACAUAACAGAAAUGUCUUAAUAGUAUUCCUAGUUGUAGGCCUAUUAAACCUAUAGCAUACAAAUGUUGCAAUUGUUUACCUAAGCCUUAGCUUAGUGUUCCGCGACCCAGUGACAAUACUGAUCAGGUUCAGUGUGGGCUAAUGUCCCCCAGUCAGCAUUUUCAAAUAACGUAUAAAUUAUGCAUCUACAUAAAACUGACUGGAAGUAGCCCCCCCACCCCCCCCCCCUUUUUUUAUUUUUUUAUUUUUAGAAAUAGUCAAUGCCCCAAGAGGUGCUCCAAGCCUUGGUUAAGUCAUAGCUGGUCAUGGCCAUUGCAUGCUUGCUUCACUUUCCUCAUUGAUUGCUCAUGACAUUAACAACAAACCGCACAUCCAAUCUAUUUUUACCCCCCCCCCCCUUUCUCCCAAACCCUCAUUAAUUCUACUUGACAUGUGAGUUGUCUGCCCCUAAUCAUUGAAAUAAGGUAGAUGACUUCAUCUGGUUUAGCACUGUAUUGUCAUGUGUCAAAGUUUGGCAUCAUCCCCAUGUGUAAACCCCCCUCCCCUCCUGGAAUAACCAAAGUAAAAUAUCCACUGUCACAGAAUGGCUUGCUCUCAAGGGUAAAACCCUUUCCAAUCCACUGUUGUAUGUUCUCCCUCUCUCUCACCAAGUGAGCUUACUCACUAUCCCUGGUACAGGUCAUGCCUGGCUAAUCAGCUGUUAAGCUCAGAUUUCACCUGCCACAAAAAGCUAUGUUAGAAGAAAACAGAGAGUAUGGUAUGUGGAAAAAAAAAAAAAUGAGAGUUAGGUUGAAGCAAGCAAGUCAUUUGUUUGUAUUUGACAUAAUUUAUUUGUAUCUGCAAAAACAAUGGGGCAUUAAUGCUGCUGGUUAAAUAAACCAAACCCCUCUUACUAUUUGUACAGUUGAGGUUUAUUAAUAUUAACAUGUAAAAACAAUGGGGCAUUAAUGCUGCUGGUUAAAUGAACCAAACCCCUCUUACUAUUUGUACAGUUGAGGUUCAUUAAUAUUAACAUGCAUCUUUUUCUGCUGUGACAAGACACUCGUGCCAGAAGUGUCCAGACCCUCGUGCCAGAAGUGUCUUGGGUGGGUGCCACAUGCUCCACUUAAGAGGAGGCAGGAUGGUCUCCUUCCCACCCCUGUCCCAUCAGAUCUUUAGUGAUUGAUCAGUGGCACACCCAUCUACUCUUAGAUGGGACCCUGGUCACAGCUCAUCUCUUGGACAGACUGGCACAUUUAAACAAUUUCAUCUCAUCUCAUUGGCUUGUAGUUAUGUUGGGAAUUUAUAUGUUGAAGAUGCAGUAAUUUAUUACACCUUACAUGCCAUGUAUUGCACCUUACAUGCCAUUUAUUACAGCAUUUUUUUUUAUACAAUAGCAAUUUGUAAAAAAUAAAAAAAAUGAUUUUGAUGAUGAAUGUGCUGGCAAUUUAGAUGUAGUUAGACAUUGUCUUCGGGUUAAUUAGCUAGCUUUAGUAAAACAGUACAGGUUCCUAUAUUUAAAUAAAGGAAAUACAUUUCAUGUGUCUAUCCAGACAAAGUUAGUAAGUUUACUGCCGUACUUUCACGGUAUAUGGGAAAAAGUCAUGUGUAGAUAGUUUUAAAAAAUGUUUACCAUAGGCAUAGACCCUAUGUGGAUAUAAAAUUGUUAAUUGGAAGUUAUGAUAACAAUUACACACAACAAUUUGUAAUAAUGGUUUACUACUCAAAGCAGUUACUACCAUACACCCUUGUAAAACUAUUAAAGAAUGGUCUCAACAAAACCAUGCUGACUUUCUAAAUUUAGAUUGCCUACCAAUCUCAGACUUUGGGCCAAAUAUUAUUUUGAACAGACCAAUGGGAUUUCAGCUUCAAGGUGACCAACAUUGAAUUUAUUGCACUGCCAGUUAUAAUUAUCUAAAUCCAGUGAAAAGCCAUACAAAAUCCUGUAUGGCGGUACAAUUUGGAAAACUUUUAAAACCCGUACAAGUACGGGAACCGUACAGAUUGGCAUGUAUGCCGAAUAUUCCUGAUUGGAAUGUUGGGAAUAUUUAUUUAUUUAGCCACGCAAACGUGCAGGGGUUUAAUGUCUUAAUGUCAGAAAUCAACAAUGGUCAUGAAAAUAAACAUAUAUAUCUACCACACUCAUUAAUGAUUAUUUAACUACUUGACUAGUCUAUUCCAAUUUUAAUAUAUUGUAUAAUCUUUAAAAAAAAUUUUUUUUUUAAAGAUAUGUGUGUUGAAUUUUAAAGGAUUUACAUUUUUUAUAUUAUUCUUACCACCUAUUAUAUUGGUUUUAAAAUUACUCAUCUUACUUAUGAUUUGUUGUCUGUUACAUACUUGACCCACUUGACUGAAACAAUAUAAAAUACUAAUCUAGCAACUUGUCAUUGUUUAAAGUUUGUAACCUCUUAAAAACUAUCCAAACAUUCUGUUUAUUUCUCAACUAGAAACAUAGUAUUUCUCACUCAACACAGUGAUUAUAAUAUGAUAUGGACUAACCUGGUAAUUGUAAUAUGACAUGCACUAACCAAGUGAUUAUAAUAUGAUAUGGACUAACCUGGUAAUUGUAAUAUGACAUGCACUAACCAAGUGAUUAUAAUAUGAUAUGGACUAACCUGGUAAUUGUAAUAUGACAUGCACUAACCAAGUGAUUAUUAUAACAUGGCAUGUAGCACUCAACACAGUCAAUAUAAACACACCCAUUUUUCUCCCAGUUCCCUUUGAAAGUUAUCUAGGCCUGUACUUGGUUGUUUAGUGCAAUGUUGAUCCAAAUCUUUAUUGAAUCUUAUUUCAUCGAGGUAUAUUGCUUGGUCAAUUUUCAGCAUCAUGUCCACAUGUGUUGCGAGCUCCAACGGUCAUUGCCAUGGUGGGGCUUCCGGCCAGAGGCAAAACCUACAUCUCCAAGAAACUGACCAGGUACCUGAACUGGAUUGGAGUGACCACAAAAGGUGAGCUGGGAAUAAGUUUGGUGGAGUUUAGGUCAUAGUUGACACAAGUUAUCGGUUGUUAAUCACAAGUUCAUAUCUAUUAAAAUAGAAAAUAAAGUUAUUUCUAAAAAUAAUUAAUGCUCUUAACAAGAAUCAGAGAAUCAGAAGCUGUCAAUGUUAGGCAGUUUAGCUAUUAAAUCGUUUUUUAAAAUUCCCAACAUUUACAAAUCAUAAAUAAAAUUUAGCAUGUGAAGUGAAAUUAUUUUUUUUAAACAUUUUUUUUGUUGCAAGUAUUUAAUGUUGGUGAAUAUAGACGAGCCAAGACUGACAAAUAUCGCAACCAUGAGUUUUUUAAGCCCGAAAACAAAGAAGCACAAGAGCUGCGAAGGUAAUUGACAGUAUUAAUUCAUUUCUUUAGUAAUGCUGAGCACCAAUCAAUAGAAACUAUUUAUAGCAUGUCCUCUGAUAGCACCGUUUAUAGCCGCCAUUAUCAGAGAAGAGCUUAGUCUAGCAUAGUGAAAUCUCCAAUCCAGAUAUGUCAUUUGCAGUCUUAUGAAUUUCUAUUCAACUGUGGAAGAAAUAUCUUUGGAAGAUAAAUAUUUAUUAGGCCCACAUAUUUAUGGUUAUGGUGAACACAUUUUUGUGUUCUCUGUCCUCUAUGUAUUAUAUCUGUCAUCAAUAAUAAGUAAUGCUGUUUACAAUGUCUAAAUAAAAAAUCUUUUUCAAUUUAAAUUUAAUUGAUCCUUUAAAUAACUAAUGUUAGUCUCUUCUGGUUAAAGAAAGUUGGAUGUACCCAAGAACAAUGCCUAACUAUAAAACUGAUUAGACAUUGCAGUAAUUGUUGCAAACAGAUGUUCUGUCAUAUACCCAUUGAUUCAGGCCAUUAGUAAUGCUGUUACCCUUUCCUCAACAGCCAAGUGGCCAUGCUUGCUAUGGAAGAUGCAGCCAAAUAUCUGGAAGAAGGGGGAGGGGAAGUGGCUGUAAGUAAUAUUUGAACUUCAGGAAAACAAACUUCUAGGUCAUAUGGGUGAGCUUUUUCCCAGAAGUGUUGAACAGUUCUAUUGCAAAUGAUUCUGUUAAAAUGUUGGGUUUCCCUGUGGUUUUGUUCUAUUAAUUUGAAGGUAAACUUGUUUGAACUAUUAGUUGUGUUAUUCAAAAGAUGAAUUGAAAGAUUUAUUUUGUUCAUUGUCAAUGAUCUUGUUUAAGUGAGCUAAAAUUGAAGUAAUUUUAUUUGUGUUUCUUAAAAUACUUCUUUUAAUGUAGUAAAUUACUUAUUUCAUCACUUACUAUGACUUCAAACUAUAUCAAUGUUAUUCUAAUUAUCAUCUAUUUUAUAUUCUGAAAUGUGAAAGAUAAAUUCAAAUCAUUUAGUCACUGUGCUGACAGCAAAGCUUAGUGACGCAAAUGCGCACCGAGCAUUGCCCCAUUGGCACAUAUUUCUGGCGGCUGGAUAACAACAGGGAUCCUACCUGCCGGCAUUGCAGCCUGGUCCCGGAGACACUAGCGCACCUGUUGACCGAAUGUCCCUCUCUAGAUGUCCCGGGGGGAGCCAGGGCGGUCGGAGAGCCCUUUUUGAGGAAAAUGUUGUAUGGCUCAGCUCAGCAGAUGGAGCUGGUAGCCAAUUUACUAACCGGGGUCAUAAGAGAGUAAUCUCAGACCUUCACCAGAAUAUGUGUGUUAGUUAGUCACUGUGCUGCUUCCAACAUUUAAGUUUCUUCAAUUGUUAAGUCAUUUUCUUAACUCUAUGUUAGUGCUGGCUUUAUAGUUAAGGCCCUUCAAAAAAUUAGUUAUACAAUUUUAGACCCUUUAACUGUUAAAAAUAUCCCAAAUAUAGAUUAAAAACUCAAAUGUUAUAUAUUUAUAAAUUAAAGUCAUCAUUGAUAUAUUAAUUAAAUUAAAGUUAUCAUUGAAAAUUAAACUUUGAUUACUGAUAUGUUGUCAUAUUUUCUCAGGUAGUAGAUGCCACAAAUACUACAAGAGACAGACGUGCCAUCCUAGUAAAAAUGUUCACAGUCGACAGGAAUUUCAAACUGUUUUUUGUUGAGUCUGUAUGUGACGAGCCAGCCAUUAUAGAAGCCAAUAUAUUGGUAUGUAUUGUAACAGUCAGAAAAAGAAAUUAUUUUGGUAAAAGAAAUUGAGUAGCUGUUUUCCUGACCCAAUAUAAAGACCAGCAUUUUGUCACAUUAUAAAAAAUUGCAUUCACAUAUUUUUUUAAAUUUUAAAUUGGUGCAAAAUCUGAUAAAAUUUAUCCAAGGUGGUGCUAAGAUAUUUGUAGAACACUUUUUGGUCUUAAUAUUCUUUUAUGAAAAGUAGCUCACAGUAAGAGCACAUUCUUGACUACUUGUAUCUACUCAAUUUAACAGUGUAAGAAGAAUUUAUUUAAGGAAACAGGGAAAAUGGAGGUUCAAUUUAAAAAAACUCUUAUUUCCUAGCUGCCUUCACCUGUAGAAAGGAUUGUACAUUUGUUUAUGUGCAGUUGUUCGGAUUUUCUUGACACAACUUGUUUCAGUCACAUAAUAUUUCAUCAUGCUCUUGGAUUGUAUGCCACAAAGUUGGUCUUGGCCAGAAUUUUGACCCUUUGAAACAAAAUUUGUCAAGCUUGACCUUUCGUUGACAGGAAGUAAAAGUGUGCAGCCCCGACUAUGAAGGGAUGGACAAAAACACAGCUUUAGAAGACUUCCUGAAGCGAAUAGAGCAUUACAAGACUGAGUAUGAAGCACUGGACUACAACCAUGACAAAGAUAUAUCCUUUAUACAAAUCUUCAACCAGGGGGAGAGGUUCAUAGUCAACAAACUGGCAGGUAAACCUAAACCUUUCAAAUAAUGCCGGGAAUAUUCUGUUGUUUUUUUUUUUUUGUGUACAAAAAUAAUUUUAAAAUCAGUCUCUCAUUAACUACAAAAAGGAAAAUUACUUAAAUAUUUCUUAACUUCCAAAAUUUGGCAUUGAUUUCGAUUUAAAAAAAAAAAUAAUAAUAAUUUAUUUAAAGAGAUAUUUACACUUCCCAUUUAAAUUUAUCAAUUAAGUGGAUUGUUACCUAUAGACUUGUUCUGAAAUGCUUUAAACUUGUAGCCUAUAAGUUUCAAAAAAUUUUGGGGGUAUUUUUUUCUUUCUUAUUCAGGUCAUCUACAAAGUAGAGUUGUAUACUACUUAAUGAAUAUACAUGUGCUUCCAAGAACUAUUUAUUUGACUAGAGUGAGUAUAAAUGACACUAUUGUUACUUUUCAGUUACAAGAGAUACUUUUAUUGAUUUUUUAUUAUGUGUAAAGUUUUUCCCUUGAAGUGUGCUCAAAUAAAUGGUUCAAUUUUUUUCCUUCAGCAUGGUGAAAGCAAGAUGAAUUUACAGGGACGAAUAGGAGGAAAUAGUGAGCUGAGUGAACAAGGACACAGAGUGAGUACUUCAUUAAUAAUAAGAGGUAACAGUGAGCUGAGAGAAAGCUUCAUUUAUAAUUCUUUACCUGUUUAAAAUCCAGAGCCUUUUGGAUUGAUUGCACUAGUGAGCUCAGUAAGAUAACUCUUAAUGGGCGGAGGUAAAGUCCGUAAAAGAAAUAAACCUCAUUGACCCAAGUCUGAAGACAGCAACCCACCUGGUGUGGGGUUAUAAAUGGCGGACCAUUUGCUAUGUUAAAAAAAAUUAAUAAAUGCACUGAUAUUGAAUUUUUUUUUCUUCUCAUCUUGUACAUUCAGUAUGCAGAAGAACUUGCCAGGUUUGUGAAGAAUGAAAACAUCCCCAACUUGAAGGUGUGGACCAGUGAACUGAAGCGAACCAUCCAAACGGCCCGUUACAUCGAUGCACCACAAGAGCACUGGAAGGCUCUCAAUGAAAUUGAUGCGGUGAGUCUUAGUUGUUUUGUUAGCCAUUGUGCAUGUAUUGUUAGUAUUACUGUAAUAUACCUCUGACUUUUAGAUGUUCACACUUUUAAUGCAUUCUUCUGUAUUUUAAAUUGCUUUUGUUUAAAGAAAUCACUUAAGAUAGUGGUUCCCAACAUUUUUUGACUGGUGUAGCCCCUUUUCAAAUCAAAUUCUGUGAGGGACCCCCUUAGGCGUACCCAAUGUCUUAGAAGCUAAAGGUGUUAUUUUAUAUCCUGGAGCGGCUGCGGAGCCCCUGAGAAGUUAAAACGGAGCCCUUAGGGCUCUGCAGAGCACAGGUUGGGAACCACUGACUUAGGAAUUUCCAAAAGGAAAAAAUAUAUCUUAUUUGCCUUUAUUUGUGCUUGAUGUGUUAUAACUGAUUACUUUCAACUUUGUUUUUGUGAAUUAUUCUGUUAUCAUAAUUAUUCCAAAAUAUGGAUUUUGGAAGUGAAAAAAGUACCGGGGUAUCAAUUUAUAUGGACCAAUAUUAAUAAGCUAAAUAAUUGACAAAAUGAAAUUAAACAAUUUAAUUUUAAAUAGGCCUAUAUAUUGUUUUUUUAUUUAAAUUGUUAUGUGGUAUAAAUGAAAAGUUAGUGCACAAAGUUUCAGGUAAAAAAAUAAGAGGUAAUUUAAAACGUCAUCAUUUGUCUAAUAAACUCUGAAUUGUUUGUAACCAUCCCCUCCCAUAAAACAUGAACUCAGUAACUCAAAAUAUUUUUUAAGUGUUAUUAUGCUUAAAAAAUGCAAUGAGUAUAUUGUCUUGCAUGUUCCAUCCCAUUUUUUUGAAAAUGUAUUGGUAUAGGAAAAUAAAUACGUAAAAAAUUCCAUCCACCCUCAAAGGGCUACUAUUGUCUUUUCAUAUUUCUUCAAAUUAUUUACCGAAAGCUUUAUAAUUCUAAUAAUUUGAAGUACCUGUUUAGGAUUAUCAAUUCUGUAUUCCUUUUUAUUGCCAUCUAUUUGAUUAGCAUGAAUGUUGUUUGCUUAAUUUUUUGAUUCGCACAUACAUGCCUAUGUGGAUACAUUUCAAAAUUGUUACUUUCAUUGUAUCUGUGGAGGGUUCCAUUUGUUGAUAAAAGCUAUCCCUUUCAGGGUAUUUGUGAAGGCAUGACAUAUGAGGAAAUCCAGGAGCAAUACCCCCAAGACUUUGCUGACAGAGACCAGGACAAGUAUCACUACAGAUACCCCAGUGGGGAGGUACUGUCCUUAACAAAACAACUGCCUGUCCUACCUCACAAUCUGUCACACUACAAAUACCCCAGUGGGAGGAACUGCCCUAACUAUUGAUACACUUGCCUGUCCGACCUCACUAUUUCUCACACUGCAGAUGUGGCCUUGGCCUUCAAUGUCUCCCUCAUGUACUUCUAAAGCUUGUUGUUUUGCACUGAGAGAACUGACAUUUGCUUUAUACCAUUGAACCAAAAGAAUCUACUCAAGAAAUUGUAUCGCUUAUGGAAAAAAAGAAAUCUGGAGGGGGGUGCGCUUUUAGAUUGUAAUUUUGUGUACCAUAAAAUAUAUUAAUUAGCUUAAGUUAUUCAUUUAAAAUUUAUUUAAACUUACUAAAAAUCAAUCCAGUUUAGGUCAAAGGCUUUAUGGAAAACUUUAAUUAAUUAGGAUAUUAUAAUAUUUAAGGACUUUUGUAUUGUAACACAUUUUUAAAAAAAAUUAAAUUGAAGUUAUCUUUCAAUUAACUAAUUUAUAGAAUGUUUUCUUGUUGUAAAAUUACAUCUUCUUUGAGUACUUCUUCUAUAAUCUGUAAUAUUUCCUUGAAAUUAAUUUUUAUAAUUAAAACAUAAUAAGAUGAAGCUAAAGCAUAUCAGAUUUAUGUUAAGAAUAAUGUAACUUUUUAAAAUCUUUCAACAAAUCAUUAUCUGUAAUGUUCCUUGGCUUUAAAGUAAAACUUUGAUUAAGACCAAGAGAGUGAAAAAUAACAUUAAACCAGCUUAAAGAAUUCAGACUUGAGAAUUACCAAUAUAUAUUUUAUUAUUAUUUUAAUUCUAUAUUUCAGUCUUAUCAAGAUUUAGUUGCAAGAUUGGAACCAGUCAUUCUUGUAAGCAUAUUUUAUAAAUGUUUGGUAGUGAUGAAUUGUACUUGAGUUAAUCCACACUUGCCUUAAUCAGAAGUAGAAUGUGCUAAUUGAAAUCUUUAGUGAUGUACACAUUCAUAUCUAUAGUGAUGUACCCAUAUUGAAAUCUAUGGUGAGGUACACAUUAGAUAUAUUGUGUUUUUAAUUUUAAUUUAUUUUUUAAUAUUUCAUCAAAAAAUUUUACCCUAUCUCUUUCCUUUUUUGUAAGUUGCAAUUUCAAUAUAUAAAAAUAAUUUAUUUGUAAAAAAUGUGUUCUUAGUCAUUAGAUUUGAGAUAUGUUUUAUACGUUACUUUUAAACUUGGCUUGUUUAGGGGGGAAAAAUUGACUGUGCCCAAAUGCCUUCAGAAAGACAAUUGAAUAACAGAUAUAUCAAUACAUUUUAGACAGAAAAUAAUUGUGAAAUCUAUCUUUGAAUUAUUGCUUGCAUUUUUUUAUUGUUUGUUGCUCUUGUUUAGUCUCAUAGAAACAUUAUGAAAUCAAUUGAACAUUUUAAUUUGUUAAACCAGGAACUUGAACGUCAGGAGAAUGUAAUGGUUAUAUGUCACCAAGCUGUCCUACGUUGUCUGUUGGCCUACUUCCAGGACAAGAGUGCAGGUAAGUAAACAACAACAACAUAUUUUCAAACCCUGGUUUGGUUUCACCCCACACGCAGCACAAUUAACAACAGAGAGCCCAUAAUUGCCUUGGCUUCCUUGUGGACAAUGUUUACAAGUUUAGAUCAGAAUUUAGUUCAUUAGAAAUACUUUGUCUGUACGUGUUAAAAUUUUUAAGGUACCGUGCAAAUAAUAAGAAAAUUUCAACAGUUUCAAGAAUUUGAAUUAAAAAAAAAAAACAGUAAGAUUCCUUUAACCAUUUUGAGCCUUGAUUUAACGAGAAGUUCUGGCAUUUGAUGGCUUCUUUGUUUUAAUGCACAGCUUAAAGCUUUAUUCACUUUAAGCAUGAACACCUUUCUCUUCAUUACACAUUCCACCCCACCUGCAUUUUGACUUUAUUAUGAUCAAAGUAUUUUCCCCCAUCUAACAGUUUGUAGAGAAGUUUAUUAAACAAGAUUUGUUGGUAAUAAUUGCAUGCAGGCCUAAUUCCUAUGGUAGUUUUCAUCAACUCUAAGUUAUUUUUGUUUGUGGAAGGUUUAAUAAGCAGUAAAACUAAACUAAUAAUGAAUAGUUUAAGAAGAAAAAUUAAAAGACUUAUCAGUAUUAUCUUUAGAUCACAUUACUUUUUUUUUAAAACACCAUUGAAAUAAAUAGUGGAAUCAUCUUUCGGAAAUAAUUAAAAUAGAGCAAAAAAUGUAAAUCACUAUUAAGAUAUUCGAUAGAUCAAAGGAUAAAAAAAGUCAUUUAUAAAAAAAAAGGUUUUAAUUGUCAAUAAACUCAUGAUGUUAAAAGGCAGCAAUUGAGCAAUGAGGUCUUCAUAUUGAAUUUUGGACAGUUCAUGAAUGCUCUUACAUUAGAUUUCUUGAGUGUGUUUCCAGUGUUUCUAAGUUUUUUUCUUUGGGAUUAGUUGUUAUUUUAUUGUCAUUGAUCUUUAUAGCAACCUAGCUCCUUAGAUCUUCUUUUUCUAAUCUUAACAAUGUGUAAAUUCACAGAACUAAUAAUAACAUCCACCAACACCUAAUAAACUAUUUUUGGUUCUAUAAUAAAAUAAAUAAAAUAACUUACUUAUACAACACUAACAAUUGACACACAGGUUUUAUCAGCUUUUUCUUUAGAGUAGAUCUAAUGUGGUUUUAAAAUAAUCUUUCAAUGAAUCAUUUUCUAUAAAUUUCCUCUGCUUUAAAAGAAAAACUUUAAAAAAUGAAUAAAUAGUAAUAAUUUAAUUGUACUGUUUUUUCUUGUUAUGACUAAAAUCCUUUUUGGUUAUUUCAAGUGGCCUUGUCAAUAAUAAAUUUUUCUGGUGUAGAAAUGAGAAAUUUAGAGGAAUGCAGUGUUAUCUGAAGUUUAAUCUUGUCCAGGUCGGCCAUUGUUUAAACCAGAUAUUUUUUAGGUUGUUCGCAAUUUUUGUGAAUUAUUAAAUAUUGAUAUUUUCUUUUUUUAGCCUUAAAAGAUCACUUUUUCUUUUGUCACAAAUUAAUUCACCCACUACAAGCUGCAAUAAAAGUUCCAUGAAGGCAUAUUAAAGCUCAUAAAAUGUUCCAGCCUUAUUUGUAAAAAAAAUACACAAAAAACAACAUAAUAUAGUUUGACUUAUUUAGCGAUCUACUUUUAUUUCAUACUGAAGCUUACACUCAUAGGACUUUGAUUUAUCACAUCAGUAGAGUUAAUUUGUGGUUUUGGUCAUUACUUCCAAUAUAAUUUGUUUUCUUUCAAAAUAUUGUCUAAAAUAAAAAGAAAUUUAAAUUUGUUCACUUGUAAAGAAAUUUAAUUUUGAGUUGAAUUAAUUUAAAGCAAAUUACAAGAAUUGAAACAUUUUCUUUACCGUAUUACAAUUUUUUAUAAAUAUCAUAGAUUUGAUCUCAUGUCAAAUUAAAAAUUAAGUGCUGUUCAGUCGAGUUAAUUCAAUUAUAAGUAAAUUUGACUAAAAGAUUGAGCAUUAUAGCAUAUAGACUCUCAAAGUUUAAAUACUCCUUUAUUUUGUUUGUUCUGCUGGUUUUACAAAUUUUAAUUUGAACAAAGAACCUCACUGGAGCAUUUUUAGUAAUAUUGGUGCCAUUCUAGUUAACAAGCAAUAACUUCAUCAUUGUGGCCAAAAUAGAACUGUGGUAUGCUUUAGUAACCCAAUGAAACUAGCACUGGAAAUGUUCUACAAAUUGUGUGCUUGUCUCCCUGAGCAGUGUUUGUAGAAGCCCUGCUGUAGUUAUUCUAGAACCUUGCAUCAUUCAUCAUGGCUCUCGUGCUAGAUUUUAGUGCAGUUUUUAAAGGCCAGUUUCAGUCUUAUUGAUCUUUUUAAAUUUCUAAAAUAUAGAAACAUUUGCUGUGGAAUGUUUUUAAGCCAUAACUGCACCAGUUUGUGAUAGUCUACGAUGAUACAUAUGUGUAGUAGUAAUAUGUGUGCUAGAAAAAUAUGGGUGUAUUUUCAUUUUUAAUAACUUUUUUUUUUUUUUCUUUUUGGCUCUUGAUAUGAUUUUUAAUAGCUUUUAAAAUGUUCCUUUAAAGCCUCAAUUUCAGAAUGUAUUUAAUAUACUUUGGCUACUUUUAAUGUGUAAUAGUAAUAUGGUGUGUGCUGACCUUAUUUUUUUACUAUACAUAAGCAUGAAGUAAUGAUUUGCUGUUGGAAUCAAGCAUUAUUUAUAAGAUUCAUGACUAAAAGAUCUAUUAGCAUCUAGAAUAUUUUCAAAGCUGUUCAUUUUUUUUCUGCCUAAAAUUAACUAGAGCAAAACAAUCGGGACAAGCUAAAGGACAUGCCAUGUUUCUGUUAUUGUGUUAUUAUUUAUAGACAAAAGCCCCCAUGUGGAUUUCCCUAGUGAGACGGUUGUACGGCUACGAAUCUCGGGUAAUGGGUGUGUGCAGGAACAAAUUCCACUGCUCAGGUGGGACAUCUAUCUGUCAUUUCUUCCAUCUUUGUCUCACUCUAUGUGUGUAGGUUUUGUUGUCCAUAAUUUACACUCAAUGUCAUAUCAAUUAAACUCAAACAAAAUAAUUAAUGAGGAUAACCAAACUAAAUUUUUCUAAUUAUAAUAAUUAUUAACAUUGAUUAGCUCUAUAAAUUAAUUAUUAACUUGUAAAGUACAUAAAAAUGUAAUGAUGGGAUUCUAACCUGAUAAAUGUGGACCUGGUUCAAAAAGCAGUUCCUAACAGAGAACCAAGAAGAGAUACCAGUGUUCAGAGAACUGAAUGUCAUAGACAAAUGUAUAUCCCAGAAUUCACUAUUUUCUCUGUUAUUUGAAUCAACCAAUUCGGACCACUCACAUUUGUUCCACUGUUAUCUGUUGUUGCUAAUAGCGAUAUUGUUCAUGAUUGACAGUGAGGACAACUCAAUUUUAGGUAAGGGUUCGCAGCUGUUAUUACAGUGGGAUAACAGUGCAUACGAAUGUUUGACUCAAACAUUCUGGAGCAGUUUAGCUUCUUGGUUUGUAAGGUGUCAGCUCAAUUUGGCCCACUGCCUCUUUUUGUAUGGCUCACAAGCUAAUAAUGGAUUUUACAUGUUCAACUGAAACUGAAAAUCUUCAAAUGACUUUCUUCAAUAUUCUUUUCAUAAUAUGGUUUUGAACAUUUAAUCUGUUUAUAGAUUUGGCUCAUAGAAUGAACAAUAUGUAACAAAGUACUGACAACCAAUAUACAAAGAAAACGAUACCAAAGCUAGUGAUACCAACAAUAUUCAAUUUAAUUAUACUAUUAAAUUUCUGUAAAAAUACAAAUUCAAUAGAUACAGAAACAAAAAAACUAUAUCAACUUCCAGCACAGCAAGUGAAAAGGUACAAUACUCGAAAAAUAUAAAUAUUAAUUCAAACACACACACACACACAAAGAGAAGUAUCUUGCAAUUAUAUAACGUCUUGUAAAGGUCUAGAAAUAUUAGCAAGAAUCUCUCCCUGCUGGGAAAGCUUCCGGUCUAUAUAUAUAAGGAUUAAAUCAGAACCCUCUAGGAAAGAAAUUCUAGAAAUUGUCACCUGAGCAUUGUUUAGAAGAAAUAGAACAUAUUCAAACGUCAACAACCUUUUCCCAAUCAAGGGAGGGAUGGGUAAAAAAGGCUAUACACUUCAUCUGUGGCGUCAAUAUCAACACAAAAUGGGGUGGGGGGGGGGAAGAGCCUUAGCUCUACAUUGAAGUAAAAAGUAAGUCAAUACAUUGGUUAUACUAUAACAAAUUAUUAUUUGACAGUGUUCCCAUCUUAGGUACUCAUUAUAAGCACCUUUGGCUACCCCACCGACCCUAAUAUAUUUAUAAUUAUGUUUAUUAACCUAUUGUUUGUGAAACAAAAGCAUUUAUUUAGAUAGAAAGAAUAUCCACACAAAAAAUGUAUACCUUCAAAUUACAAAAAAAAAUUCUAGGCUGCUUUUCCCCUCCUACCUAUUGCCUUCAUUUAACCUCCCAAAAAUGCUUAGCUUCACUUUAAUAUAUAUUUUAAAAUAUUUUUUAAACUACUGGCUUCUAGGUAUUGACAUUCCAGCUUUCACAAGUCUGACAUCGGUAGUAUUUUUUUUAAGUCUUUCACUAAAAAGCCUUCCUACCAUAACUCUUGCCAGGUUGCAUUUCUAUCAUUGACACCUCCCUACUUUUCCUGUCAGCGGAACUGAGGCUUUAUCACCCCCUGGCUUGUUUCUAAUGUUCAUCCACAUGUAAGCUAAGGUUUGCUACUACUCUGAUUGUAUUUCCUAUGACUAGUUUAACUGAUUAUUGACCAAUACUUUUAUUUGUAGACCACACGUACUUAGUUUGCCAUAAUCCAGCUCUUUUUUCCCCACCAUUUUCCCUCUGAAUUGUUAGUGUAGUCUUAUUUUUUUAACCGGUUUAACUAGUUAUUCUGGUAGAUCACAUUUAAUGUUCCUGACACUGAUUUGGUUAUUUAUAGCAAAACUGAAUGUAAAACUAGAUUUUAUUUUGAGCCAGUUUUCAUUGAUAAAACAUGGUCAGAAGAUAAAAACAGAAAUAAAAUUAAUAGGAGAUCUUGUGAUUACCAAUGCAAGAGAGACCUUGUAAUCAGAGAGAUUUUUUAUACCAUAGUGUAAGAUGGGGUCAGUAACUUUGAUGGAAUUAUAAAUAAGCAUAAAAAUUGAUAGUGCAUGCUGGAAUACAUACAGAUGGAAGAAUGUAUGGACAUGCAUUUAAGUGUGUAUGGUGUAUGGACCCAUGAUAUGGACCAACAUGUGAGUUGAGUGGUCAUGUUGGUAAGGACCAACUUGUGAGUUGAGUGGGUCUAUGGUAAAGACCAACAUGUGAGUUGAGUGGGUCUAUGGUAAAGACCAACAUAUGAGUUGAGUGGCUCUGUGGUAAAGACCAACAUAUGAGUUGAGUGGGUCUGUGGUAAAGACCAUCAUGUGAGUUGAGUGGGUCUAUGGUAAAGACCAACAUGUGAGUUGAGUGGGUAUGUGGUAAAGACCAACAUGUGAGUUGAGUGGGUCUGUGGUAAAGACCAACAUGUGAGUUGAGUGGGUCUGUGGUAAAGACCAACAUAUGAGUUGAGUGGGUCUAUGGUAAAGACCAACAUAUGAGUUGAGUGGGUCUGUGGUAAAGAUCAACAUGUGAGUUGAGUGGGUCUGUGGUAAAGACCAAAAUUUGCAGUGGGUCUAUGGUAGGCCCAACAUGUGAGUUAAGUGGGUCAGUGGUAAAGACCAACAUGUGAGUGAGUUGAGUGGCUCUGUGGUAAGAACCAAUUUGUGAGCAUUGUACAAAUAAUCAGCUAAAUAAUAUGUACUAUAAAAACAUAGAUUAAAAGUUAAGCUUUAAUCCACUUGUAUACGAAUUAUCUUGUGUUAAAGAAUAAAUCUAGCAGAAGGGAAGCAGCUGAUGUUAAGUGGGUAUUAUCAGUGGUAUCAUUAGUACUGUUAAUAUAUUUAAAUUCAUUCAAUAUAUAGUUAUGCUGUACAUUGAUAAAGGACCCACAUCUUUAAACAUUUUUGGUUGUUGGAACUUUUCAAGGGAAAUAUUUUCAAAUGCUAGGUCACCUAACUAAAAAAGUAAAUGCCAAUAAAUUAGAUAAGAUACACAAAUAAUAACUAGAUCAAUAACAAGACAAUAUCAAUGAAUGUCUUCUACAAGCAUAACUGUGCAGGUUUUCAGUUGCAAAAACGUCAUUUGUAGAAACUCAUUUGAUGUCUUGCGCUUGAUACCAAGUUUUGAUGCAUGUCUUGAACAUGCCUCUUGAUAACUCUUCCUGUAGCAGCCUGUCUGAUAGAGACUUGAGUGUUGUCUAGAUUGUAACCCUACAGACAUCUCACUGAGUUUGUGGAUUGUAUAUUGUAGAAGCUGAGAAGAGUAGUCAGAAUGACGACGACGAUAGCUCUUAUCUAUUUAACCUAAUCUGAAGUAUAGAUUAUUGGAUUACCCAAAAAUUAAUCAUAGUUUAAAUGGUUUCACAUCAAUUGAAGUACCCUCAAAACUUGACCAAAAAUGAAGUAUUAAACAACGGUAAAUGUAGUAUGCAAUCUUCUACUUGUAGUACUGUAGACAACUUAAAACUAGCCUGGCAGUUUGGUCUGUCCAGUCUCAAAUAUUUCUUAUCUUUAUGUGACAUGAUAAUAUUGUCAUUAUAUGAAGUUGUCUAAUCAAAAGAAUGUUUAAACCAGUGUUUCACAAACUUGAUUGGGCCAACAAGCACCCCUACACAAACUUGAUUGGGCCAACAAGCACCCCUACACAAACUUGAUUGGGCCAACAAGCACCCCUACACAAACUUAAUUGGGCCAACAACCACCCCUACACAAACUUGAUUGGGCCAACAACCACCCCUACACAAACUUGAUUGGGCCAACAACCACCCCUACACAAACUUGAUUGGGCCAACAACCACCCCUACACAAACUUGAUUGGGCCAACAAGCACCCCUACACAAACUUGAUUGGGCCAACAACCACCCCUACACAAACUUGAUGGGCCAACAACCACCCCUACACAAACUUGAUUGGGCCAACAACCACCCCUACACAAACUUGAUUGGGCCAACAAGCACCCCUACACAAACUUGAUUGGGCCAACAACCACCCCUACACAAACUUGAUGGGCCAACAAGCACCCCUACAAACGUGCUAACAAUUAAUAGCUUGCUAAGGUGGCCUCAUGAAAUCUUUUGAGUUCUUGAUUUAUUCUGGCAGCUGGUAAGACUUGAGUUGUUGUUAAGUGUAUGUGUGUGUUGGAGUUAUCUCACUCAAGGUUUACUUCCUCACACAGAAACAACUGCCUGGAUUGGCUAACUAGUCCAUAUCAGCCAACUUAAUAGCUGGGGGUAGCCAUAGACAUAAUUGGAACUGAGGACCUCGUUAUGCUAAAUUGUACAGAUACAUCAAUGACUCCACGUUAUUAACUGUGCUAAAAUAUUGAUUCAGGUAGCUACAGCAACACCUUCCUCUUCUUUGCACCCACUAAAGCAUCAAACCGCUCCCCCAGGGAGCACUAGAGCCCACUUUGAGAAACAUUGGUACAAACAUAAAUGGUUAAAAGUUUAUUGUUUGCAAAUCAUCAAUAAAUAUACUGGUACAUCACUGCCUACGUUUUGUAUAAAAAGAAGUUUACAUAUAGUAUAAUCUCCAUUGACCUCAAGUAAACACAAUGGAAUUAGUGCUUAAUAUAAUAUGUUUAUGUUCAAUUUAUAUUUACAUGAUCAAUAUUUUGCUCACCUCACUAAGAAGUUUGAUCAUCUUACAGACAAUCUUCCAUAUUUGAAAGUGCCUCUUCACACAGUCAUCAAACUAACCCCGGUAGCUUAUGGUUGUAGAGUUGAAUUUGUUGCCCUUGACGUGCCUGCUGUAAACACUCACAGAGACCGUCCUAUGGUAGGUCAACUCAAUUAUAAAACUGUUCCCUUGCGUGUAGAUAAGAAUAAGCCAUCUGUAAGAUUCUUUUAGAUUUACAUUACACAAAUAAAUGUUCUGUCCUAUAAAAUGAUGUCAUCUAUUGGGCAUACCUCUUAAAUAUUCAUAGACAAUUGUAAUAAAGAGAAUUAUUUCUCAAAAAUUAUUGUACAGCCUGAAUUAAAUAUAUUAAAUGUAGAUCUGACAUAUUGCGAAAGUUGCAAAUGCAACAUUGUCAGAAACAACUUACCUCAUUUUUUUAAAGAGCCAACAUAUUUGUAUGUUCAUUUUAUUCAUUGGAGCUAGUUUUAUAUUAUGAUGGUUAGGUAUUAACCUAUUCAUGAUUACUAGGUUUAAAUAUAAUACAUUGGCUAGGUUUAAUUCAAUUAAUCAUUUCUAGGUUUAAAUGUAAUACAUAAUGUUACCUAUAAUCAUGUUAGUUUUGUUUAUAUAUAAUCAUGUUGGCUUGGUUUAAAUAUAAUCAUUAUGGUUAGAUUUAAAUAGAAUCAUCACAUGAGCCAUAGCAUUUUUUAAUGUAUUUUACCUAGUAUCUGGAAAUUUGUUUGAAAGAAAUGUCGCAGGAAAAUUGAUCGACGGAAGUUUGAUGGCGCAGAAAUUUGAGGGCGCAGAAAUUUGAUCGAACUGAAGUUUGGUCAAACUGAAGUUUGGUUGAAUUUUUUUUCAGUUCACACGCUCAAAUUUUGCGUCAAAUUUCUUUUUGAACUAACUAUACUACAUAAUAAUAACAACAAACUAAUGCGUUCAAAAAGAAAUUUGAAGAAAAUUUGAUCAUGUGAGCUGAAAAAAAAAUUUGACCGCACUUCUGUUAGAUCAAACUUCCGUUUGAUCAAAUUUCCGUCAAUCAAUGUUCAAACAAAUUCCGGUAACCAUUUUACCUUAGUCGACUAUACCAAUAUAGUAUGUUUUCUGUUUCAGAAUGUUAGAAGAACACGUUCAACCUGUGAGGCAUUGGAGACUGUGCCCAACCACGAGUGAGCAAGCUGCACUCACGGCUGGCAUUGGGUAGUGGACCUAAGUUAUACCAGUUCUCACGCUAUCCCAGCACAAGCAGUUAACAAAAAUAUCACACUUUGUGUGAUGUCAAUCACACUUUGUGUGCUGUCAAUGUCAAUCAUAACUUAAUUUACUUACAAGAUAAAACUACUAAUAAAUCCGUCUGAGAGUAAUAGAUCUCUGGACUUUUCUAAGAUGCCCUUAGCCGUCAAUCAACUGUAACUUGAAUGUUUCUGUUGCUAUUUAUCUUGAUUUAAACUUAACUGAAAGCUAAUGUGAUAAGCAAAUGUAACACUCUGCUCGGCAGAAAAUUUAAACAUGAUUAUGCAUCAAAAAAAGAUUUAAUGACCUCUAACCUCAUGAACUGCCUACUCUGGUCAUAAUCUUCACUUUAUCAGUUUCUGAAUUUAGAUAUUACUAAAAUGUUAAGAAGGUUUUUCAAAUAUACCUGAACAUAGGAAGUUUAGUGCAAACAGUAAUUCUUAUUUGAUGAUUCUCCAGUAGGAAUGCUUGUCUAGUGGUAAUCAGCACCAAAUAAAUCUAAUGGUAAUCAGCACUAAAUACAUUUAAUUUCACUGCCUUUUUGUUUUUAUGAUACAUUUAUCAGAAGGCGUAACACGGCCAUCUACAUUCCUAUGGACUACACUCAGAGAUUACUCCAAAAAUAAAUGCAAUAGUGGUCAGCUACAUGUGUUUAUCUUGUUACACAACUUGAACAUGUCAUGCCAAAAAUUCACUCCGGCUAAAUAUUUAUAUUUGUAUUUAUAUCAUAUAGUGUGUAAGGCUUCCAUGUGAAUUGACGAAACGGCAUAAUUUACAUUAUUGCUCCAGCUCUAUGUAUCCCGUGGGAUGCUGCUAUAACUCAUGUUGAUCUUUAAAAAGUUACUCUCUUACCAGAAGUAGAGGAGCUAACAUAUGCAUCUGUAAUAUUAGAUAAUCCUCAUCCUGUGUUUGUAUUUAUGAAGUUUGAUUGUGUGGAAACAUUAGUUGAUUUUGUUUGGAUUGAUUAUGUGAUUGAAUUCAAAAGCCAAAGAGAAUGGUUGUAAGCAAAGUCAUUUAAAAAUGAAUGCUCAGGUAUUUUCUUUAUAAAAAUAACUAAAACCAGAUGCAGGAUAUCUAAAGGAAUUCUCCCUGAAGCUUUUAAGUCUAUUCUGAAGUUUACGUUCUCAGUUGGUAAUGUGUGUUGGGGAAAAUAAGACUCGCAAACAUCAUUCACUUAAAUCAACUGGCCAAAAUUAGUACUGUUUCCAUUGAAAGUUAAUCCAAAUAUAGUUAAGUCCUAAGCAUAUUUUUCUCACAUGUACAUCUAUCAUCUAGACUUAAUAAUUUGCUGUAUCACAACAGGGGGCAUAAUUUGAUGUACAGACUUUUUCCACCACAUUAAAAAUGGAAUUUAGCACCGUUCUCAUAUUUUUAAAUGAAUUAUGUAUGGUACUUUUUUGAAAAUCAUGCUGCAGUUGUUGGAAAAUUCAAGUAUAAUGUUAUUAUUAAAAGUUAAAAUAUUGUUUAGUCUAUAUCUUCACUCAAGGACAGACAUUUCUCGCUUGCUUUCAAAUGUGAUAUGUUCAUUUUGUUUAUAGAAAAAGGUACAUCUGCUUAUCAUGUUAAUGGUUUUGAAUUAUACAAAUGGUAUUAUCCUCUCUGGACUUUUUCUCUCAAAAAUCAGAAGUUACAUAUCCAGUUUUUAAUAUUGAGUAUAAAUCAUUGUGUGUUUGUUUCAUUGAGUAUCUGAAUUAAGUUUUUUGAUUAAAUUAUUGUUUCAAACUCUCAAAAUGUGCAUAAUUUGUCCAAAAUUAAACCUCUUGUUUGAAUAUUUUAUAGACCUUAGUCUCUUGCCAAAUAUAUAUAAAGAAAUGGUCUUAUUUACAUUAUAUUAUGAUAUAUCUAGCGAAGGAGUAUCUCUAUAUACAAUAUUUUCUAUAAUGUUUUAUGCAAGCACCAAGUUAAUUUACUUAAAGAGAUGCAGACAUAAUUUGAACCAAUAAGGGUUUUUAUUGAACUAUUCAUCGAAGCAAAUGUUAACAGGUAAUUGUACAAAAUUUAACAGACAUUGAAAUGGUGACAUUUUCAAAAUACAUGUAUUGUAGUUUAGAAUGCAUAAGAUUUAAUCAGUAUUCAUAUGUAUUUCUUUGCAUACUGUUUAAGCACUGGAUACACACUCAUUUUUCUUUAAUUAUUAAUUUUGUAUACACACAUAACUGGAUUUUGAAAAUAAAAUUUAUCGUAGGCAUAGGGUUUUUAUUUAUUAUUGUAUUAUCAAUACGAUCUUGUGGUUCUCAAAGAUAUCUGGAAAUGUUAUUAACAAGUUCUUGAAAGGAUUAAUGUAGUUUUUGUAAAAUUAUUUUUUUGUUAAAUGUGCGCUCAAAGUAAAUUAAAAGCUGAUGUUUUAUAUGAUGUACAUUGAAUUUUAAUGUAAUAAAUGUUAAAAUAUCAUUUUU